AUGUCCGAUGCUACUCAGGAAGCAUUGGCACAACUGAAACAAACUCUAGAGUUUCUAACGCUACAGCAACAAGUCAAUUCUACGUCUGGUAAUGCGCUAAAGGUACAAUCCACAAGCUCAAGACAGUCAACAAUCUCAAAAAACGACAAGGACAACUACUUCAAAAAGACUAGUCAAGACUAUAUCGAUUUCACAUAUGAAAGUCCAACUAUCUACCAUGUUGUAGACUUUUUUUCCAAGAAACUAGACGACGCUGGGUUCACUUACUUGAGCGAAAAGUCUGCAUGGGGUGAAGUGAAACCCGGUAAGUACUAUACAAUCAGAAAUGGCACUAACUUGGCAGCGUUCAUUCUUGGUGAAAACUGGAAAUACGAAUCUGGUGUAGGCGCCAUUGGUGCUCACAUCGACGCCCUCACGGUCAAAUUGAAACCGGCUUCCCAGAAGGACGAUGUUGAAGGGUUUCAACUGCUGGGUGUAGCGCCCUACGGCGGAACUUUGAGCACUCUUUGGUUCGACAGAGACUUGGGAAUAGGUGGUAGAGUGCUUGUCAAGGACGAGUCAUCUGGUAAAAUCGAAGCCCGCUUGAUCAAUUCUAGUCCCCAGCCUAUCGCCAAGAUUCCCUCAUUGGCUCCACAUUUUGGUGAACCUGCAAAUGGUCCUUUUGAUAAAGAAGACCAAGCGGUGCCCGUGAUUGGUUAUACAUCAUCAGAUGACAGCGACGAGGACGAAGACCAUGAGGAUGAGUCUAAGUCACCCCUUUACGGAAAGCAUCCUAUCGGUCUUCUUAGAUACAUUGCUGAUUUGGCCAAUGUCAAGGUAAGCCAACUUGUUCAAUUGGAUCUUGACUUGUUUGAUGUCCAGAAGGGAACCCUAGGCGGCUUGAAGAAUGAGCUACUGUUCGCACCACGCAUUGAUGACCGCAUUUGCAGUUUUGCUGCUCUUCAGUCGUUGAUCGAUUUUUCCAAAGAGGGCUCCAUCCCUUCAGAAACAUUGAACGUUGUGACGCUGUACGACAACGAAGAAGUGGGUUCUCUAUCCAGACAAGGUGCUAAAGGUGGACUUCUAGAGAGUGUGGUGCAAAGAGUGGCCGCCAGUUUACACGGAAACGACCCUUCGAUUUUGCGUACAACUUUUGCCAAUUCAAUCAUCUUGUCUGCCGAUGUGAACCAUAUGUUCAACCCUAAUUUCAAGUCUGUGUAUUUGGAGCAUCACAGACCCAAGCCUAAUGUCGGUGUAACUCUUUCGCUGGACUCGAAUGUGCACAUGUCGACUGAUGUGGUUGGUGUCGCAUUCACCGAGGAAUUGGCCAAACUGAACGGUGACAGGGUUCAAUAUUUCCAGAUCAAGAACAACUCCAGGUCAGGAGGGACUAUCGGGCCAUCAAUUGCCUCCCAGACGGGUGCUAGAACUAUUGAUUUGGGAAUUGCCCAGCUGUCGAUGCACAGUAUAAGAGCAGCUACUGGUUCUAAAGAUAUUGGGCUGGCUAUUAAAUUCUUUAAAGGGUUUUUCACCAAUUGGAGAACCGUUUACGACACCUUUGGUGACCUCUGA